CAAUAACCUGGGUGGGUCCUUUCUGGUUCUUGUUCAAGCGUUUGCAGUUACGUAAUAAUUGCACAAGAAAGGCUCGCAGGCGGGAGAGCCUCGGCAACCAUCGUUGUCCAUCAACCAUUACUAAGAUCUGCCCGGAGGAAACUUUCAUCAUGAGCUUAAAGAGGACGUGUAAUACACCAAGACUGAUGUUCAUGGCAGGAAUGGUGCUUUUGUUCGUGUUGAACUUGCCCAUGUUGUACGUGGUUUGGCGCCAGCAGUCCAUGUUUGCUGAGCUACGGUUUCACCUGAAUAAUUUCCGUGACAAGGCUACACGUGUCGAAAAGCAGACAGCAAAAAAUCUCAUCAAGGUAUUCGUGGCAGCACCUGCAACGCGGCCCAGUACCAUAGGAUACUAUUCCACAAAGCAGACUUCUAUGCAAGCCAAUACAGCACAGCUGCUGCGACCUGAGAUUUCUGUGUCAAAGAAUGAGAGUGAAGGGAUCCCAGCCCCAACGGAGACAUCCACUUUGAAUGAAACAGGAACAAAGGAGAGUUGUGCUUGGCCGAAUGGAUCCGGCAAGCAGCGUUGGUGUUUCAAUAGUACCGAGGUGCAGAAUAUGAGACAACAUAUACUCAAGUUUUACAACCCCGAAAAAAACAUGACACUAACGAAAACCAGCGUACGGAUUGGACAAGGUCUGAAAUAUGGAUCUGCCUUCCGCCCCAAGAAGUCGAAGUCAUUCAAGGUCACCGAAGUCUUCUUUAAGUUAAUCCCAGAAGAAUCACCUCUGAAGGGCCGCCAUUUCAACACAUGCGCAGUCGUGGGCAACUCUGGGAUUGUGUUGAACAGUUCCUGUGGGCAAGAAAUCGACUCCAUGGACUUCGUCAUUCGGUGUAACCUGCCUCAGAUCGAAGGUUACGAGAAAGAUGUCGGCUCCAAGGCGAACCUGACUACAAUGAACCCAUCGGUGGUCAAGAAUAACUUCGGACAGUGGAACAACAAAACACACACAGAUUACGAUCGGUUGUUAGAACGUCUGAAACAGGUUGGCGACCAGAUCCUGUAUGUACCUGUUUUAACGUCCGCCUUUGGAGAGAAGUAUGCGAGGGUCAUCAUUCAGAUUAUUCUCCAACACAAUCUGUCCAUGGAGACUGCUUUUCCCCCAGCGGGAAUCAACAAACUCAUGAACAAAAUUUGGACAGAGGCUGGGUAUAAGAUCGUUGCGCUCCGACCGUCCACAGGUGCUCACAUGUACACCCUGGCUGCCACCAUCUGCGACCAGAUCCACAUGUACGGCUUCUAUCCGUUCAGCGAGGACACACGAGGCAGGGCACUGCGGCACCACUACUACGACACCAAGCAGAUGAUCAGCCAUACUGCCAAUAGGACUCACAACAUGCCAGAGGAAUUUAGGGCAUUUCAGAAGCUCCACAAGCGGGGUGCAUUGGUACUGCAUACAGAACCAUGCCAUUGAUAUUCUACCGAAUACAUAGCUAUACAUAUCUCUCUAUAUAUUCUCGAUGAUCAGGCAUCUACACACAUAUGUAUGUAUGAUGUAAGAUGAGGUGUCCCUUACAGUCAUGAACUGUGUCAUCAUGUCCAAGUGCAUCGAGUUACACAUAAUGUCUUCUCAUGUAAAUGUCAUUCUGUUCUGCAUUGAAAUUUGCCACACCGUGCUACUGUGUAGGGUGAGUUGUCAUGACCCGGAAUGAUCACGUGUGAGACUAUGACACCCUGAAUUCGCCCCUUUUCUUGCAAUAUCUUGAAUACAGAGUCUAAAAAAAUCUCACUUCCAAGCGUAAUACUUGGACUUUUAGUCAAUUUCUUGACAAUAUUCGACACAACCGUGUCCAUUUCCCACAUUAUACUCUCCAUACCUGUAUGCCAUCCUCGGAUGUUUGACUUCAUCAAAAGCAAUAUUUAUUUCAUGCAUGCCUGACUAGAUUGUCACAUGGGCCAUCAAUGGACACAUACCCACACAAACAAACAAGGUUACCGAAAACUAUAUACCUCCUUUUUCACGAAAGCAAUAACAGUCUAAAGUAUAAGGCGGGCAACAUAUACACUAAUUACUGAUAUGAGCGACAAUACCUACCCUGUCACGAAGGUAUGAACAGGCUAAUGGGCCGGGCUUGUUUGUGAAUCAGUGACGUAUGAAUGUUGAGACACUGAAAGGUAGAACACUGACCGGGCUGGGUCAUACCGGAUUCUGGUUCUGGUUUAAUAUGACCUGUUAUGCCUUAACAAGGAAGUCACGGAGACAGGAAGUCAUGUUUUAACAGCGUUCUGCAUGUGCAGAGGAAACAUUUCGUCAUGACGUGUAACAAGCCGAGAAUAUUCAGGACAGGACUAGCGCUCCUUUUUACAUUGACCUUGGUUACGUUAUACCUAAGUAGGCUCCAACGGUCCAUGAUUUCAGAACUACGAUUUCACCCGAGGAAGUCUACAAACAGACAACAUAUACUCAAGUUUUACAACCCCGACAAACAUAUGACGCUAAAGAAAUCCGGCGUCCGGAUUGGACAAGGUCUAAAAUAUGGAUCUGCAUAUCGUCCCAAGAAGUCGAAGUCAUUCAAGGUCACCGACGACUUCUUUAACUUAAUCCCAGAAGAAUCACCGCUGAAGGGCCGCCAUUUCAACACAUGCGCAGUCGUGGGCAACUCUGGGAUUGUGUUGAACAGUUCCUGUGGUCAAGAAAUUGACUCCAUGGACUUCGUCAUUCGGUGUAACCUGCCUCAGAUCGAAGGUUACGAGAAAGAUGUCGGCUCCAAGGCGAACCUGACUACAAUGAACCCAUCGGUGGUCAAGAAUAACUUCGGACAGUGGAACAACAAAACACACACAGAUUACGAUCGGUUGUUAGAACGUCUGAAACAGGUUGGCGACCAGAUCCUGUAUGUACCUGUUUUAACGUCCGCCUUUGGAGAGAAGUACGCGAGGGUCAUCAUUCAGAUUAUUCUCCAACACAAUCUGUCCAUGAAGACUGCUUUUCCCCCAGCGGGAAUCAACAAACUCAUGAACAAAAUUUGGACAGAGGCUGGGUAUAAGAUCGUUGCGCUCCGUCCGUCCACGGGAGCUCACAUGUACACCCUGGCUGUCACCAUCUGCGACCAGAUCCACAUGUACGGCUUCUAUCCGUUCAGCGAGGACACACGAGGCAGGGCACUGCGGCACCACUACUACGACACCAAGGAGAUGAUCAGCCAUACUGCCAAUAGGACUCAUAACAUGCCAGAGGAAUUUAGGGCAUUUCAGAAGCUCCACAUGCGGGGUGCAUUGGUACUGCAUACAGAACCUUGCUAUUGAUAUUUUACCGAAUACGUAGCUGUACAUAUCUCUCUUAUACAAUGUACAUUGUCGAUGAUCAGGCAUCUACACACAUAUGUACGUAUGGUGUAAGAUGAGGUGUCCCGUAUAAGCUUACAGUCAUGUCCUGUGUCACCAUGUCCAAGUGUGCCUCGAGUUGGACAUAAAUGUCUUCUCAUGUCCAUGUCAUUCUGUUCUGCAUUGAAAUGAAUUGGGCACUUGUCAUAUCGUGCUACUGUGUAGGGUGAGUUGUCAUGACCCAGAAUGAUCACGUGUGAGAUUAUGACACCCUGAAUUCGCCCCUUUUCUUGCAAUAUCUUGAAUACAGAUUCUAAAAAAGA